UUCAUUGGACACUUCCCAUCCAGAUUCUGCUGUUGAUCCAGAUCCUGAUGAGGAGUCUGAUUUUUUUUUUGACACUUCAAGAUUUAAGAUCACUCUCUAUCACAACAGAAGCAAUGGACAUAUAAGCUCCACCUUGCUGGAUAAGGAAUACAUGCCAGUAAAGCAUAUCAAACCCAAUGCACCAUUCAAUCUCACCGUCAACCGGAUGUCAAGUCAACACCAUGUUACCUGGAUGAGUAGCUAUGAGAAAUAUCUACAAUUUGGCAAUCUUCUGUCUGACAACCUGAAGUACCAACUCUGGUACUACAGAAGUGGCCACCAAGGCAACGUUGUCGAAGUUCGCCACUCAACUAACAUCUCAGUGAACAAUGAAAAUUUUGAGCCAGACACAGAGUACACUGUAAACGUGAGGUCCAUCCCCAACCAACAACAGUAUCAAGGCCAGUGGAGUGAAUGGGCAACGGAGGUUCGUUGGAGGACUGAUCCCACACAAAAAGUCGGAGAAUUUCCAACAAACACAUUUACUGCCAUCUUAUGUGUGCUGGUUCCAGUACUGCUAAUUCUGUGCUACAUUCCAAUUGUAAGGUUGAAUAAAUCCACCUUCAUCCCAACUCCAGCACCAUACUUCCAGUCCCUUUACGCUGACUGUGAGGGGGACUUCAGGAGUUGGGUUGUGACCCCAGGCUCUGGGGCAGACUUAUUCAAGACAGAGGAAACCUUGCAAAUCGACACCCUGACUGAGACCAUACCGGUCCGGGAUGAUGACCACUCCUCACUGGUGCCCCAUCACAUGAUCCAGGAGGGCCCCAGUGACAACCUGUCUAACCCAGCAUCUGAUGCGCUUUUCCUGGGCAUUGCUUAUGCUGUAUCUCUGGGGUCACCACUCCCGGCACCCAGAGGCCCACUGAAGAGUGUGUCUCUGAGUGAGCCAGAGAGCACCAUCGAAGCAGACUCGGGGUGUUGGCUGCACAGCACCACAUCUCUGGAGCGGGAGAGUGCCUGGUACAGCAACGUGAACAGCAGCAGUGACUACUGCACCCUAUCAGACACUGGGAAUUGUCAGGAAGUUACCCAUAGAGUCUAUUGA